UCCUCAGAUGACCGGUUCAUCCUGAAGCAGAUGCCCCGUCUGGAGGUGCAGUCCUUCCUUGACUUUGCUCCUCACUACUUCACCUACAUCACCGGGGCCGUGCAGCAGAAAAGGCCGACGGCGCUGGCGAAGAUCCUGGGAGUUUACAGGAUCGGUUACAAGAACUCUCAGAACAACACGGAGAAGAAGCUGGACCUGCUGGUGAUGGAGAACCUGUUCUACGGGCGCAAGAUGGCUCAGGUGAGAAUAACGGGACAAUAUGCAACACAGCAGUGGUGA